GACAUCUUUAUUGCAAAAAGUGGUUUACAGUUCAGAUGUGACUUACAGAGAUAGAUAUAUGUAAUAGUGAACGAACAUGAAGCUUUGCCAGGGGAGGCUUAUAAGUUAUUAAAAGCAGAAAGAGGACCAUAUGUUGACAGUUUUAACUGCCUUUCUGUUGUAUGAGCCAGAAAUCAAAUUAAUAUAAUGUACAACUUCAUGGAGAAAAGAUAUAAAAUUAGGUUUUUUACUGUUGAAUUUACAUUUAUGAAUGUGGAACUUUGCCAACAGAAUUAAUAAAUUUAUAAUGAAGUACAUAUUUUCUUUACUUUGACUUCUAUAAAAGCAAAAUACCACAUUCUCCCACAAUAAGGCAAAGUCUUUAUAAAUAUGGUCAAUGACAAAUCUGCUGAAGUUUUGACAAAAUGUUCUGGUGUGUAAGCAAAAAGAGGCGCAGAACAGUUUCUGGGUGGUCUUCACAAAAAGAACAGUUUGUAUUGAUGUCUCUUUUAAAUUUAACCAUGUAAUGAUUAGCAGGGUAAUAAUAUCUGUGAAUUAUUCUGAACGACAUUUCUUUCACCUUGUUUACUGUCAGGUAUCUGUGAGGAAUCAUCCAAACGUUUUUCCAGUCAAUGUUGUUUACAAAUCGGUUCCAGUAAAACAUGACAUUUGGAAUAGAUACAAUUUCUUUCUGAAACAAGGCACUAAUGUUCUUAUUAUUUCGAGGAAGUUUAGAAAAACAGAUUUUUCCAACAGGUGAUUCAGCCACAGUGGGGAGGGAGACAGAAGUGGGUGGAGGUCUGCCAGUAUUUCUAAAAAGCAUUAUUGAGCCUGAUGGAAUGGCGUCAUAUACAAUUGCAGAACGGUGAAGUGGCAGAUAGUUAAUUAACAGGCCGGGCAAGUGACGGGAAAACCACACCCAUAACCUAACUUGCGGGGGUGGUUUAGGUUUGACUGCGUAUCCCCAACCAGAAGCCUUGUGUAUUAUUCCUCUCCAGACGCUUCCUGCUCGGAGUGCACUUUCUUCUUACAGCACCAACUUCCUCAGCAGUGAAACCUGUUGAACAAGCAUGAUGGUGAACUGCUGUGGUCUGCUCACGGCCAGUAAGGAACCAGUUCCUCUGAAAAGCAUCGAGGUGGAGGUGGAGGUGAGGGACCAUGUGGCUACAGUGGUCUCCACUCUGAACUAUGAGAACAAGGAGGACAAACCAAUAGAGGCAGUUUUUGUCUUCCCUCUGCCUGGAGAUGCUGCUGUCUGUCAUUUCAGUGCUAAGAUUGGACAAAAAGAGAUUGUAGCUGAGGUGAAGGAGAAACAGAAGGCUCGAGAGGAGUAUGAUGAUGCACUGAGCUCCGGUCAGCAGGCCUUCCUGUUGGAGGAGAGUGAGCAGAGUCCAGAUAUAUUCUCUCUGAGUGUGGGCAGCCUGCCUCCAGGAGAGAGCGCCUCCAUCAGGCUGGAGUACGUCACUGAGCUGGCUGUGCAGGCUGAUGAGGGGCUGAGGUUUUGUCUGCCUGCUGUGCUCAACCCUCGCUACCAGCCUCAGGGUAGUGAAGCUGCCAGUGUCCAGGUGACCUCUGUUCCAGCCUCUCUGGUGCCCUACAAUCUGUCUUUCUCUGUCCGAGUGUCCUCUCCUCGUCCAGUCUCUAAAGUAGAGUCCAGCUGUUCCCUGGAUCCUCUGCAGUACCUCAACACAGAGCAAACCCAGGCCACGGUCAAGUUGGCUGCAGGACACAAGUUUGACAGAGAUGUUGAACUGCUGAUUUAUUACAAAGAUGCCCACCAGCCCACUGCUGUGGUGGAGGCAGGACAGGCGUCUGCCAAGCCUGGCACUCUGAUGGGUGAUCCAGUAGUGAUGCUGAGCCUGUACCCUGAGUUCCCCCAGGCUGUGAUGUCUUCAGUCGCCCCAUGUGGAGAGUUUGUGCUCUUAUUGGAUCGAUCUGGCAGUAUGUCGGGGGCAUGUAUGGAGAGUGCCAAGGAUACUCUGCUGCUCCUGUUGAAGAGCUUACCAAUGGGCUGCUAUUUCAACAUCUACAGUUUCGGGUCCAGCCAUGAACACAUCUUCCCUAAGAGUGUGGAGUACAGUCAGGAGACCAUGGAAGAGGCUCUGAAGAAAGUUGGGGAAAUGACGGCUAACCUGGGAGGAACAGAGAUCUUGAGGCCCCUCAAAGAUAUUUACAGCCAGCCCUGCAUUCCCAAUCAACCUAGACAACUAUUUGUCUUUACUGACGGAGAGGUGGGGAACACCAAAGAAGUCAUCAAUCUGGUGAAGAGGAAUUCAGGUUCCCACAGGUGUUUCUCUUUUGGGAUUGGGGAAGGGGCCAGCUCUGCUCUUAUCAACGGGUUGGCCAAGGAAGGAGGAGGUCACGCUCAGUUCAUCACAGGGACUGACAGGAUGCAGCCUAAAGUGAUGCAGUCGCUGCGAUUUGCUCUGCAACCAGCUGUGGCGGACAUCUCAGUCAAGUGGGAUGUCCCAAAGGGAGUCGCUGUCACUGUUCUCUCUCCACCAAUCACAGCACUUUUCCAGGGUCAAAGGUCACUGAUUUAUGCCCAGCUUACUGUAAAGAGCCACCUCAUUUCAAGAAUCUUCAGAGCAGCAGAGGGCUGUGUGACGGUGAAGUACAGCCUGGCAGGUCAUCCAUCUAAGAGCCAGCUCAACUUCAGUCUCAAACCUGCGGAGGACACUGGAUUAACAGUCCACAGGUUGGCUGCUCGGACUCUGAUUCGCUCCUUGGAGAUGGAGGAGACAAGGCGUACAAGACAGCAAAAUGAAGGAGUGAAGAAGAAAGUGGUGGAGCAUAGUGUCCAAUCAGGAGUGAGCAGUGUCUUCACUGCCUUCAUUGCUGUCAAUAAAGGCACUGGCAAAGCGAUUCAAGGACCUCUGGUGCGCAGAAAUGUUCCAACAGGAUUAAGAGAAUGUGCGCUCUUUGAUGACAACAUGUCUUAUUACAAUUCUGCUGAUGACUGUGAAGAUAUUCAUGGAUUUAGCUAUGGUGAAUGUGAAGAGGCAUAUGACGGGAUUACAGUCAUCAGGCCCGCACAGCCACCCAGAGACCCUUUCCUGCAACUGGUCUCCCUCCAGAAGGCGUCUGGCUGCUGGGAGCGGGAUCCAGCUCUGGCUGCUGCACUGGGAAAGACCAGCGAGGAGGUGGAGAACACAAAACCUUCAGGAGUGAACCAGGAAGUGUGGGCCACCUUUCUGGCUCUGAUCUGGCUUCAUGGCUCCAAGAUGGAGGCUCAGGAUGAGUGGGAGCUUCUGGCCAUGAAGGCUGCAUCAUGGCUCCGUGCCCAGAAUGCUCCCUAUGCGACAGAGUGUGUGGAAGCUGGAAAUGCUUUGUUGGGUUUCAACGUGCAGAAAGACGCCCUGGGACUCUGAGGCUUCUCUUCAGGAUUGAAGACGACACAGAAGCAGAUUUACUGCAUCCUUCGACUUUUACAUUGCAUGUUACACUUUGCACUAUCUGCGUUCACAGUAUUCCAUGCAGUAUAUUUGCACUGUCAAGCAGGUAAGCAGGGAAAAGGGAAAUGCUUCGGGGGGUCAUGGAGGCAGAAUCCUAAAUACAAGCAAUAAUAACCAAAUUUAAUUUGUUUUGAACCAAAAUAUUAACCAUUACAUGUUAAAUACAACAAAAAUAAACAUUGUAUUUAUUGUUGCUAUAGUAAAAUGUAGCCUGUUUAAUAAUUAAACACAACCCCUUAUUCAAAUGGUAUGAGCAUUUUUUUUUUAGAUGGAAACGUUGCAGUUAAGAAAAACUGCAGAUGGCCAACCUCAUGACCUGAGUUUGGAGCUCUUCUGGGUCUUCAUCUGGGUUAUACGCUCACUGAAUACGCACAGUAGUGUUUCUUAUGCUGCCCGUGCCUGCGAGAGCCUUUUUGAUAUGAUUGAAGCAGAUUAUUAGGGGGUCCCAGUCAUUUCUGUGUGCAGGCCUACUGUCAAGACAAAGAACUGUUUUUCUGUCUUUCUGUCCAGUGCUUUGUUUUGGAAGUUUUUUCAUUUAAAAAAAUUAAACUGGAAUGUUUGGA